AUGGACGGCUCCGUGGCUGUGACGGACGACCAGCUCGAUCCCCCGGCUCGCAUAUUCGAGCGACUGCGUCAGAUCGCGGGCUACACAUGGGACGAGUCCCAGCGCCCAUUCCAUUCUACCUACGACAACUGGCACGUCUUUGGCACACGGUUUGUCUCGCCGUACUCGACGACAUCGACGACGCCCUCCCGCGAUGUGGCGAGUCCCCCGGCGUUCGCCGGCAAGCUCUCCUCGUCUAGCUCCCUACCUCUGAGCGAGGGCGGCAGCGAACGAUCCACCGCCUCUCCUCCCAUUGUGUCUCAGUCGACCUCCGAGUUGCCGAGUGUAGAGGAGCAGCCCAUAGUCGCGCGCAUAUCAUACCAUGUGCUGCGCGAGGAGCGAGCUUUCCACACGUGCAAGAAUCUCAUAGCGACGGCGGACCCGGAAGGAGAACACAAUGUCAAGCCCUUCGAUCUCAUCAGGCUGACUCCGCAGCCCGGCGACCGUGGUGCCAUCGUUGUCGGUAUCUACGAGUACCCGGGCACCAACUACAUCUUCCGUGUCUUGGAUCUGGGGCCGGCCUUCUAUCUCGCCAAAAAGGUCGAGGACCGAUUCGAGGCGGACAGACGGGAUGGUUACAAGCUGGAUCCGCCGAUCAGCUUGCAAAAUUUCCUCGAUUUCGCCAUCGGUGCCACUCAGUGCCUCGAGAUCCUGCACCAUCGCCAUGGGACUGUACACGGCGAGAUCCGGGGCGACGCCUUCCAUUUCAACCAGGAGACCAACAGGGUCAAGCUGACCUCUUUCGGCUCGGGAGUUCGGUCGUUUGAGCACGGUCUUACAAGCACCGGCUGGUCAACGCUGUCGAAGGAGCUCGGCGCCAAGAACAAGCUGGUUUACAUCUCCCCUGAACAGACAGGCCGCCUACCCGCCGAGCCAGACACAAGAACGGACAUAUAUUCGCUCGGCGUUCUCUUCUGGCAAUUACUUACUCAACAGCCUGUCUUCACCGGCGCGACUCCUCUCGAUGUCGUCCAAAGCGUGCUUGGCCGCCGAAUACCCUUGGUUUCGAAUGUGAGGCUGGACGUCCCGGAGAUUCUGGGCAAGAUUAUUCAAAAAUGCACGGCAAAGAACAUACAAGAUCGUUACCACUCGGUUAGCGGACUACAGUACGACUUGCAGAUGGUGCAGAAGUUUCUCAUCGACGGGGAUCAGGUUGCCCUGAAGGCAUGGCACAUAGCCUCGCGAGACAUCUCCUCGUUCUUCAUGCUGCCUACGUCCAUGGUAGGGCGGACCAAGGAGCGGCAGGAACUAAUCCGAGUCAUUGAACGAGUUGCCAGAACACACGCAAUCGUUAAUGGCUCAACCAAUCGAUACUCAGAAGCGUCGAGCAUAUCGAAUGAUCUGCUCGAUACGGCGGACGUGUCCAGCGAGGGUGCAAGCUCUGUUGAAGGGCAAGGAGGCAACCGGAGAAGCGGUUCCUUCACCCAGAAUCUACUGAGCGACUCACGACUAUCGCGGAACAGUUUCCACCCCUCGCUGAACGGAACAGAUGAGCAGACGAUAUCUGGAGACACUGUAUCCUCGGGAAACUCGGGGCCGCGAUUGACGAGGGCUUGGGAGAGACACCAAUCGGUAUCUAUAGAGACCAAGAGUCUUGUAGACAGCUUUAGUGACCGCCAGCCGUCGCGGCAGAGUGCCAUCGAGAGCACGAGCAGUCUGUCAAGACAGCUGGGUUCAGCCAAGUUCAGGAGGCGUGGUCACUGCGAGGUCGUGACCAUUGAAGGUGCUGGUGGGCUGGGGAAGAGCUUCUUGGUGCAGCAAGUCCUUGCCGAUGCGAGGAGGAGAGGCUACUGUGCAACUUCAAAAUUCGACACGGCCCGAAGGACGGCUUUCGGCCCGUUGCUCAAGCUCCUGUCGUCGCUAAUAAAGCAGGCCUGGGGUGAGCGGAACACGGAGACCCCUUUCCAUUCUGCACUCAAGGAUUACGUGCGUCCCAUCUGGCCCAUGUUGCACAAAACGCUUGGCCUUCCCGAGUUUCUCCUCGGCCCCCACGAAGGCACAACGGUCGUUCGAUCGGCCUCGACUGCUCAAAGUCCAUCGAAGGGAGGUAGUGUUCGUUCUGCCUUGAGGAGGCGCGGAUCGUCACCUGGCAGCUCGCCGGGGGGCACCACCUCAUACCCACGUAGUCCACGGGUGUCGUCUCAAAGCUCACAGGACUUUCUUCGUGCUGGGGGCUCGACGAAGACAAUCCGGUUGAUGAACACAUUUCUGGAUAUUUUGAGGAUCUUCAGCACAUACCAUUUCAUCUGCUUCUGUCUGAAUGAUCUACAUUUCGCUGACUCCGAGAGUCUGGAGCUGAUCACACAGAUGAUAGCUGCAAGACUGAAGAUGGUGGUUAUCAUAACUUUCCGGUCUGAUGAGCUGGCCCCAGAGAAAGUCCAGCGCAUACUGCAGCCCGCUGAGACCGAGGAACAUCCCAAGUCAAGUGGGCCUCGAAUCACCCGGAUCAAAUUGAACCCCCUGAACGAGACCGAAAUACUCCAAUUCGUGGCCUCGACUGUAUGCAGGCCGCCCGAAGAGGUGGCCCCCUUAGCCAUGGUCAUACAGUCCAAAACAGCUGGCAAUCCUUUCUACAUGCGGGAGAUGCUCAACGCGUGUCAUCGAUCAAAGUGUAUCUGGUAUGAUCAUCGAGAAAGCCGCUGGCGCUUUGAUCUUGACAAGCUCUUCGAUCAGUUCAAGGGUGAGCAGGGGUACGAUGUUCUCGGUCAUGAUUUCAUCACCCGCCGGCUGAGCGAGCUACCGUCGACUUCUCGGUCCAUUCUAACGUGGGCAUCUUUGGUAGGCAGCUCUUUCUCGUUUGGUCUCAUCUGCCGGCUGCUCAGCGGGGAGUUUGACUUCGUUGACGACACCUGCCAAGAAGCCGAUGAAUUACCAGCAAAAAAGUAUACCAAACAAGAUGCAAUCGCCGGUCUUCAAGCGGCUGUCGCUGCCUGCAUCAUUGUCCAAGGUGAAUCCGACGACAGGUUUCGCUUCGCACACGAUAGGUAUUUGCAAGCUGCAUCCUCUUUGAAGGAGUGCAAUAUGCGCAAGCAACAGUUCAUCAUUGCUCAGACGCUUAUGAAGUAUUAUGGGGAUGAUCCAAAAUGGCGAGACAGCAUCGCCUCGCACAUAUGCGCAUCUGUUGACCUAGUGAAGCGACGAAUCCACCAUCGCAUGCCAUUCCGAAGGCACCUUAUGGAGUGCGCUGCCACAGCAGUCGAAAAUGGUGCACGGCCGACUGCCGCAAAGUAUUAUGGCCAUGCCGUUGCGUUAUUGCAGCCUAACGCUUGGGACGACGGAGAGGAUAGGUCCUACCAAGAAACCCUCGAGCUACACAUGCGAUCGGCUGAAUGCAAUGUGUUCAUGGGCAACAGUCAGGCGGCGCACGAAUACAUCAAUACUAUCUUUGAAAGAGCGAGCUCGGCUGGCGACAAGGCCCCUGCGUGGCUUCUCAGAUCGCGAAUCGAAGCCCAAAGCGGAGAUUCCGUGUCGGCUCUAGCGACGUUGAAGGAGAGCUUGAAUCAUCUCAAGGUUGAUUUCGAUACCAACCCAACGUUCGAAAAGUGCGACGCAGAAUUCAUGCAGCUGUCAGCUAGGAUCAUGUCCAUGGAACGCGCCGAGGUCAUGAAUAUCUCGAGUAUUGAUCCUCAGCUUGUAGUCGUUGGCGCCAUUCUUGCAGAUGCUUGUAGUGCCGCGUUUUGGAGUGACUGCCUGGACUUCUUCAAUCUCUCAAUAACGAUGCUGAGAAUUCAUCUCGACAAGGGUUCAUUUCCCCAGUCCGGCAUGGCACUGCUUCAUAUCGCGUUCAUUGCCGUUGCUCGCUUCAACAUGAUUGAGUUCGGCGCAGAGAUGGGAAGCCGUUGCAUCGAACUGUUUGGUCGACUAAAAGACCCAUUCUCCUCUGCUCGGGGAUACAUGAUCUAUGCGAAUUUCAUUAGCCACAUACAGGUCCCGCUCGUUUUGGCCGUCAGUCAACUAGAGCAAGUGGUGGAGUUCGCAGCCGGUGCUGGGGAUCGCAUUUCCGUGAUCCUCAGCUUUGGCCUCUCCGCUCAGAUGCGGUUCUUCGCAAGUGAAAACUACGCGGAUCUGGAGGCCAUCUGUCAAUAUUGCUGCGAGGAGAUUCCAGGAUGGACUCAAGAUACGCGAGGAGGGACCUUUUUAAUCGCCGUCAGGCAAGUUUCCCGUGCCAUGCAGGGCAAGACGCGGCACUGGGAUGCGACAGAAAUCAUGUCCGACGACCAACACGUAUCGUCCGAGUACAAAUCGUGGCUUGCUAAAUCCACUCACAAUGGCGGAAGAUCCUUACUAGUCUACGAGACGAUGGAGAUCAUCCCUCUCUAUCUCUUCGGUCACUACGACAAGGCUUGUGAGGUUGGCCGCAAGUGCUUAGCCAAUGAACACCUUAUAUGGUCUGCAAGGAAUACGCGCGCAGCAAUGCUGUUUCACGGUCUAGCGCUUGCCGGUAUUAUGUUCCAGAAGCUGGGUGACCCUCGCAAGCAAGAGCAAAACCUACAGAAUGAGACGCUGGAGACCAUAAUCAUCCUCGAGGGGCUCAACAAACGAAUCAAGGACUGGCAGGUAGUGUCCAACGUGAACUACCUCACAUGGUCCAAGUGGCUCGAUGCCCAGAUCGCGGAGCUGAAGGGAGACCACGGUUUUGCCAUCCGCCAGUACGAGACAGCCCUAGACCACGCUGCGGAGCACAGUUUCACAUUUGAAGAGGCCCUCGGCAACUUCCUUAUGGCCGGCUUCUUCAUCCGCCAGUCCGCCAGGAGAUCUGCUAGAGCUGUCCUCAAGGAGUCCGUUGGGCUGUGGCAACAGCUCGGCGCCGCGGGGAUGGCUCAUCGUAUCGAAGACGAGCACUCUCUGUUGCUCCACGGGCCGACGGCAAACUUGCGAACGGUCGAGGUUGGCGUACAGACAGACUUUGCGGGGGAUAACGCUGCAGUCACAUAUCCGGAGGGUGAAGAGGCUAUCCAGCAGAGGGCCCAGCCUGGCGUUGUGGAGCUCAAAGAUGCGCGCAUGGCCGCGUGGCGGGGUUCGAUGCCACAAUCCGGGGCCGGCCUCCCAGCUCUCGAUAUGAUCGACCUGCACGCUAUCUUGGUCUCAUCCCAGGUCAUAUCAUCAGUCUUGCGUGUGGACCAGCUGCUAAAGACCAUGUGUGACGUCGUCCUGCAGACAUGUGGUGGUUCAGCAACUCAGGCUGCCAUCAUUGUGCAGGACGAAGACUCCGCAGAUGGGGAAUAUUGCAUUGCCGCGAGUGGUGAGCCUGAAAGAGGCGCUGAAGCUCACAUCCCCGGGAAGCCCCUUGCUGGAACAUCAUUGGUUGCUGAAAAUGUGAUUCACUACUGUGUACGCUUCCAGGUCAACGAAGCAGUUUUCAUUCCCGAUUUGAUCCAAGACGAAAGAUUUGGAAAUGUCAACGAAAGUUGGCUUAGACGAAACCCUCUCAGUAAGACGGUCAUCGCCAUACCUAUACGCCAUGGAUCCAAGCCACUUCUAGGCGUCCUAUACCUCGAAGGCGAGCCAGGCACUUUUACGACUAGACAUCUUACUGUGCUGCAAUUACUGGUUCAGCAGAUUGGCAUCAGUUACUCGAACGCCCUGUCAAUGAAAAGUAUAGAAAAGGUCUCUGCUGAGAACAGGAGCAUGAUCGAAAUGCAAAAGGAAGCGCUUGCUGCUGCCAAAGCCGCAGAACUGAAGGCCAAGCAGGCUGAGGCCAAAGCGAUUCGUAAUGUCAAGAUUGCAGAGGAGGCCGCCAAGGCAAAGAGUGUGUUCUUGGCAAACGUGUCUCACGAACUAAGAACACCAUUGAAUGGAGUCAUCGGUAAUUCUGAAUUGCUGAGAGACAGCAACCUCAACAGAGACCAGCUUGAGAUGGCCGACUCAAUCCGUGUCUCGGCUGAUCUCCUCCUCACCGUCAUCAACGACAUUCUUGAUUUCUCCAAGAUGGAGGCUGACAAGAUGAAGCUGUAUAUCAUCGCAUUCAACCCCGAGGAGAUGGUGCGUGAGGUAGUACGUGCCGUAUCGUACAGUAACCGAGAGAAGACAUCGAAGAAGAAUGUCAAGAUCAUUCAGGAUAUCCACCUGCCUCCAAUGCUUAUAUACGGAGACCCGAUCCGCUUACAUCAAGUCCUCGGCAACCUGAUCGGAAACAGCCUCAAGUUCACCGAAGACGGUUCCAUUACGAUCGGUGCCAAAGUCGAAUCUGAGACCCCUGAGCAAGCACAUUUGACUUUCUGGGUCAGAGAUACUGGCAUAGGAAUUCCCCAACAACAACUAACGAAGCUCUUCAAGCCCUUCAGUCAGGCAGAUGCCAGCACCGCCCGUAAAUACGGAGGAAGCGGAUUGGGCCUUAGCAUAUGCAAAUCUCUGAUUGAGACAAUGAUGCAUGGCCAGAUCAAACUCGAGAGCGAGGAAAAUGUCGGCACCACUGCAUUUUUUACAGUUGCGUUUGACAAAGCGAAGCCAGAAGUUUCCGCAGGUGAUGUACAGCAAGUACACGUGCCGCAGAUAAUCGACAAGCAGCAGGCGCCAUCACGUGAGGCGUCUCCUCGAGAGCAUUCGCCCAACCCCUUCAUGGACUUGACUCAGAUUCCAAAAGAACAGUUACGAGUGUGCAUAGCGGAGGACAACCUUAUCAACCAAAGGAUAGCCAUCCAGUAUGUACGAAAACUAGGCUACUCUAAAGUGGAUGCAUACGAGAAUGGACUCAAAGCCGUCGAGGGUCUUCGAGAGUACGCUAAUAAAGGUACUCCGUAUCACGUUGUCCUCAUGGACGUCCAGAUGCCUAUCCUCGACGGAUAUGAAGCCACCAAGCUGCUGCGGAAAGACCCAUCCGAGGCUGUGCGCAAAGUUCUGGUCAUCGCCAUGACAGCAUCAGCAAUCCAAGGCGAUCGAGAAAAGUGUUUGGCUGCUGGCAUGAACGACUACUUGGCCAAGCCGGUGAAAGCUGAACUUCUCAGGCGGAAGCUGGACACGUAUACCACCGGUCAAGUAUCCUCAUCGGGUUCCCUAGCUCACGAGCAUUCGGUACCUCCAGCUUCUCAACCUGAGACUGGCGCAGCUGGCCAAACAGCUGGAUCGUCGCCAUCGAGGAGCCCUCCGAUCAUUUCAGAUGUUGGACCUGAUGCAGUGGUACCAGUUCCGGCUGCUGCCUCUCAUAGAGGGUCUACACUGCCGCCUCCUGUGCAGAUGACCAGCCGCACGUCGAGCGACAAUCGAUCUUCUAUAUCAGACAAAAGCUCUAUCGCAGAGACGACAGCAACAUCAGUCUCGACGCAGAAGGAGAAACGCCCUUUCAGGAAGUUGAUCAAGAAUCGCAAGGACAGCGAAGAUAAGACGGAGAAAGCAGAGAAGCCACCAAAGGCGGUCCUGCGGAAGAACCGUCCGUCGAGCACGGCAUCGCUGGGCGAGCUGCUCGGAAGCCAAGACAACCUGUCGCCCUCUGCAGCCUCUGAUGGUACGGAUGGCCGACCGCCGAGUCUCAACAGUGCAAGCAGUUAUGGAAGUAAAGGAGCCGAUGCCAAAUAG